AUGGUCCUCCGAACAAUUGGUGAAGUUUGCAGGGAGGAAACGUUACCAGAGGGAGGGCUACAGGAUGCUGUCGGAGAGUCACACACCCUAGUGGAUCCCUUGGUGCCUUACCCUUCAUCCUCAUCUCCAUUACCUGCAAAACUUUCGCCUCUUGGUCCCUCUUCCACUAAGGAUGCUUCCUCUUUGUCCUCCUCGCCCGAUUCGUUGAGUGAUGAGGAUGGAGGAGAGGCAGAGAUUCAUGUUGCCUUCAGUACAGAGGUCUGUGCACCUCAUGGAGAAACCCACUAUCAACUCAGUCACCACUACAGCAUUUGCAAAGGUUCCACAUCUAGUGUAGGGUCAUCAUUCAAUUACUACAACACCCUCAGUGGUGACAGGCACUGCAGUGACUAUCCUGACACCUCAGAUUGUGGCAUCUCCCCAUCUGGGAUUCAUGAUGCCCCCGACCAUCAUCACUGUGUCCGGUGUUCCAGAGGAACCAAUUGUUCAUGCCAAGAGGCCAGUGCACCAGCCAAAGCUGAUGCUGCCUCUAAAGAGGCCAGUGCACCAGCCAAAGCUGAUGCUACUUCUGAAGAGUCCAGUGUACCAGCCAAAUCUGAUGUUGCCUCUGCAGAGGCCAGUGCACCAGCCAAAGCUGAUGCUGCCUCCGAAGAGGCCAGUGCACACACUAAAACUGAUACUGCUUCCGAAGCUGCCAGUGCACCAGCCAAAGCUGAUGCUGCUUCCGAAGAGGCCAGUGGACCAGCCAAAGGUGAUGCUGCCUCCAAAGAGGCCAGUGCACCAGCCAAAGCUGAUGCUGCCUUCGAAGAGGCCAGUGCACCAGCCAAAGCUGAUACUGCCUCUGAAGCUGCCAAGGCCAGUGCACCACCCAAAGCUGAGGCUGCCUCCAAAAAGGCCAGUGCACCAGCCAAAGCUGAUACUGCCUCCGAAGAGGCCAGUGCACCAGCCAAAGCUGAUGCUGCCUCCAAAGAGACAAGUGCACUAGCCAAAGCUGAUACUGCCUCAGAAGCUGUCAGUGAACCAGCCACAGCUGAUGCUGCCUCCGAAGAGGAUAGUGCACCAGCCAAAGCUGAUGCUGCAUCCAAAGAGGCCAAGGCCAGUGCCCGAGCCAAAGCUGAUGCCACCUCCGAAGAGGCCAGUGCCCCAGCCAAAGCUGAUGCUACCUCUGAAGAGGCCACUACACAAGUCAAAGCUGAUGCUGCCUCCGAAGAGGCCAGUGCACCAGCCAAAGCUGAUACUGCCUUCAAAGAGUUCCGUGUACCAACCAAAGCUGAUGCUGCCUCCGAAGAGGCCAGUGCACCAGCCAAAGGUGAUGCUGCCUCUGAAAGGGCCAGUGCACCAGCCAAAGCUGAUGCUGCCUCCAAAGAGGCAAGUGCACCAGCAAAAACUGAUGCUUCCUCGAAAGCUGCCAGUGCAAACGCCAAAACUGAUGCUGCCUACGAAGAUGCCAGUGAACCAUCCAAUGCUGAUGAUGCCUCCAAAGAGGCCAGUGCACCAGCCAAAGUUGAUGUUGCCUCUGAAGAGUCUAGUGCACCAGCCGAAGCUGAUGCUCCCUCCGAGGAGGCGAGUGAACCAGCCAAAGCUGAUGCCACCUCCAAAGAGGCCAGUGCAACAACCAAAGCUGAUGCUGCCUCCGAAGCUGCCAAGGCAAGUGCACCAGCCGAAGCUGAUGCGGCCUCUGAAGAGGCCAGUGAGCUAGCCGAAGCUGAUGCUGCCUCAGAAGCUGCUUGUGAACCAGCCAAAGCUGAUGCUGCCUCCAAAGAGGCCAGUGCACCAGCAAAAGCUGAUGCUGCCUCUGAAGAGGCCAGUGAAUCAGCCAAAUCUGAAACUGCCUCCGAAGCUGCCACUCAACCGCCAAAGCUGAUGCUGCCUCUGAAGAGGCCAUUGCACCAGCCAAAGCUGAUGCUGCCUCCAAAGCUGCCAGUUAACCAGCCAAAGCUGAUGCUGCCUCCAAAGAGGCCAGUGCACCAGCCAAAGCUUAUGCUGCCUCCUAAAAGGCCGGUGCACCAGUCAAACCUGAUGCUGCCUCCAAAGAGGCCAGAGAAUCAGCCAAAGCUGAUGCUGCCUCCGAAGAGGCCAGUGCACCAGCCAAAGCUGAUACUGCCUCCAAAGCUGCCAGUUAACCAGCCAAAGCUGAUGCUGCCUCCAAAGAGGCCAGUGCACCAGCCAAAGCUUAUGCUGCCUCCUAAAAGGCCGGUGCACCAGUCAAACCUGAUGCUGCCUCCAAAGAGGCCAGAGAAUCAGCCAAAGCUGAUGCUGCUUCCGAAGAGGCCAGUGCACCAGCCAAAGCUGAUACUGCCUCCAAAGCUGCCAGUUAACCAGCCAAAGCUGAUGCUGCCUCCAAAGAGGCCAGUGCACCAGCCAAAGCUUAUGCUGCCUCCUAAAAGGCCGGUGCACCAGUCAAACCUGAUGCUGCCUCCAAAGAGGCCAGAGAAUCAGCCAAAGCUGAUGCUGCUUCCGAAGAGGCCAGUGCACCAGCCAAAGCUGAUACUGCCUCCAAAGCUGCCAGUUAACCAGCCAAAGCUGAUGCUGCCUCCAAAGAGGCCAGUGCACCAGCCAAAGCUGAUACUGCCUCCAAAGCUGCCAGGGAACCAUCCAAAGCUGAUGCUGCUUCCGAAGAGGCCAGUGCACCAGCCAAAGCUGAUACUGCCUCCAAAGCUGCCAGUUAACCAGCCAAAGCUGAUGCUGCCUCCAAAGAGGCCAGUGCACCAGCCAAAGCUUAUGCUGCCUCCUAAAAAGGCCGGGUGCACCAGUCAAACCUGA